AUAUUCAUGAGCUGAGUGCCCUGCGUCCCCGUACGUGAUGACGUAGCGCGACAAAUGCGGAUCCCGAUUGCUGCAGCCGCUUGUCAGUGUGACGAAGAUUGGCACCCAGGUCGUUUCCGGCUGCCUGAUCUUGUAAUGCCCCAGGUUUGAAUAAGAUGGAUGCACAGUCUGUGUCCAUAGACAAAUAUCAAGAGGGAGACCAGCAGAUGCAGAUCAUGGAUCAGUCAGAGAAUGACCUUGAACAGGGUUUUGCCAAUGGAAGCACAGGAAGCUCCAGUAGCCCGGCGUCCACUGAACCACAAACACAAAUGGAUGUCUACAAAGCCUGUAUAUACAGACAUCCCCUCUUCCCUCUCUUGGCCCUGCUGUUUGAGAAGUGUGAGCAGUCCACUCAGGGCUCUGACUGCGUGACGUCUGCCAGUUUUAAUGUUGACAUUGAAAACUUUGUACGCAGUCAGGAGAAAGACGGCAAAGCCUUCUUUAGUGAAGACCCAGACCUUGACAACUUGAUGGUUAAGGCCAUCCAGGUGCUGAGGAUUCAUCUGUUAGAGCUAGAGAAAGUGAGUGACCUGUGCAAGGACUUCUGCAGCCGUUACAUUACCUGCCUCAAGACCAAGAUGAACAGUGAGACCCUACUUAGUGGAGAGGCAGGCAGCCCGUACUCUCCAGGCCACGACCACCUGUCCAACCCUUUCUCAAGUGCCCUCAGCCCCCAGGGUGUUGUGGCGUCCUCACAUGGUCUUCAACAAGGCAGUGUUACAGUGACAACAGUCAAUCCAUCACAAAUGGUCGCAGGUAAUGCAGUAUAUCAGCCGGUGACAGUAGUCACACCACAGGGACAAGUGGUGACACAAGCCAUCUCACCUGGAACCAUACACAUCCAGAACUCACAGCUCCAGCUUCAGCUCAACCAGGACUUAAGUUUCUUUGGGGGAGAUGAUAACUCACCUAAAAACAAGCGUGGUGUUCUCCCCAAACAGGCUACCAGUGUCAUGCGCUCCUGGCUCUUCCAGCACAUUGCGCAUCCUUAUCCCACUGAGGAAGAGAAAAAGCAGAUUGCAACUCAAACAAACCUGACUUUACUCCAGGUCAACAACUGGUUUAUUAAUGCUCGAAGACGGAUCUUGCAGCCAAUGCUGGAUGUCAACUCAGAGAUGGCCAAAAGCAAGAAGAAGACCGCUCCGAGCCGCCCGCUACACCGCUUCUGGUCUGAUUCCAUCGCCUCGUCUGGAACCCAGCAGCAGCUCAUAAUGCCAGACGGUAGUAUGGUUACAGUGGGGAUGAACGUCGAUGGCUUCCAGGCGCUUUCAUCAGAUGGAGCAACUCUCUCCAUGCAGCAAGUCAUGAUGGGAAAUCACAGCGAGGAUGAAUCAGAGGAAAGCGGCAAUGAAGAUGAGGCUGAUUUGUCAUCUGCUAACAUGCCCGGGUUGGAUUUAGAUAUUAGCGACUAAGACCGAUGGAUCGCAGGUCACACACUGCAUGCUUACAUUUACAUUGGAAAACUUGCACAUGACACUUGUGGCAUGAGAUCCAGUCCCCUCAUAGACUUUCAGCAUAGCUGACUGAUACUUGUGCACUACAAAGAAAAAAAAAUUAAGAGUACUGUAUGUUGGCCUCUAUGUUACACAAACACACACAAACAGUUUACAGAGAGCACAACGUUACUGAAAGAUGCUGUGUGCGAGGAGUUGCAUUUCAGCACGUGUUUUUAUUAUGUAGACGUGCAGGUGCAUGCACUUUUAUAUAGAGACUUCUGUUCCUUCAAGAAGGUUGCAACAGUGGAACGCAGAGAAAGAUUUUUAAGCUUCUUUAGUGAAUGUUUGUAAUGAUUUAGUUUUCUAUAUUAACUCGUUUGAAUGCCAAGAUUUUAAGAGUGUGUCGUCGUGCUGGUUUUAUUCCCACUGCAUGUUCGUGUUUUCUUCAGUAUGCUCACGCUUUUAGAGAGGCUCCAAGACAGUUUGAGAAAAGAGAUGAUUAUUUUUUAUAUAUGAACGUUGUAAAAAGUGUUUUUCUUUCUUUUUUUUUUGUUUGUGUUUUAUAGGGAAUAUUUAUGUACAUAAACUAUACUAUCUGCCCUGUUUUCAGAGGAUGACAAAAGUUUUUUAGAAAAAAAUGUUGGGUAAACCAUUUUUAAAAAUGUAAAUUGGUUUUAACACUCGCAUACAAAAUGCCUUGCAUAUUCGUAAUUUUUUUUUUUUUUUUUUUUUACUAUUCCGCUGAUAAGCACAGAAAGCCUGAAAUGUUGAUUAAAUGUAGUAAGAUGAGUUCAAUCAAAGUCUCUUCCAGUAUUCUUCAUCCUUAUGCUGAAGAUGUUCCUUCGUUUCAGAGGGACCUCUUGUUUUUGCUAUGUAGGUUAAUGUAGUUUGAUCUAACGUGUACAAAGCUUCCCUUAACAAUCAGAGUUAUUAAAGAUGCUUUGGUAAUUAUGGCAUAAAAUGUCCAUAUUAAAAUGAAAUAAAGGUCAAGUCUGCAUAUUUUGCCCCACCAUUUGACCUUAAAUGUUGUCUAUUGUGUGCUGUUUUUUUUAAACAAUUAUUUAAAGACUGUAAACACUACAACAGUAUAACAUUAAAGCCUUUACAAUGUU